AUGUUGCCAAAUGACAAAAUUAUGAAAUAUAAUAAAGAAAAUAUCUCUAUACUGUUAAAUGAGGUGAUCGCUACCAAGCUAGUUCUAAUUUGUUGUGUUGUUAAUUUGUGUAACAUCAUGAUUGUAAGCUGUUAUUUUAAAAAAAAGUUCCGCUGGGCUUCUUGCUGGUUCUUCCAGGACAGAGGUUUUUUCCGAACCAGUGGUAAUCAAACAAAAGAGUGA